AAUUCCUCGAUUGCAUUGAUUGCUCUACAGACAUUGUAGGCGGGUAAUUGGCGAAAAAUUGCCAGUUAUGUAUUUCCUUUUAUCUCAGAAUAUUCUUCCUGUCGUAUUUGCUGUUCUAGCGGUAUUGAUUUCGUGGUACCUAUGGCGGAGAAAGGUAAUCGGGCUAAGCUCGAAUUCUGGUGAAAAAACACACAUAGUGACGGCAGGAAAGAAGGAUGAAGAUGACGAGGUGACAGUUGAGGAAGCCACAAAGUUUCUGCAAGGAGCAGGAAUUAUAAAGGCAAGAGAUAUCCAUUACCUUAGUGAAGAUGAAAAAGAGAAGAUUUCUAGAGAGUCUAGUGAACCCCUCUCAGAGAAUCAAGAAAAGAAAAAGGUGAAAGAAAUGACAAUGGCAGAUGCGUCCAACAUCCAGACUUACUACAAGUCAAGUCGAUUGGGUAUCAAAGAUAUUGAAAACCAAAUGACUGAAGAGGAAUUGGAUCAAGAAAAAGAGAUGCGAAGGAAACAGCUGGAAGAGAUUUUCAAGUUACUUGAGACUGAUAGGGACAAGUAUGGUGUGACAACAAUGGAUGAUCUUCAAGCACAGAUGAAGUUGUACUCGAGAUAGUACUCUUACUAUUAACUUAAUGUUUUGUGUAAAAAGAUCAGGAUAACUCAAGUAUUUGUUGUCAUUUUGAAGUCACCAGUUUUAAAAAAAUAAUUUAUUUUCAGGUUUGACUUAAUUGCAUCAACUGUAGACUGAGUAUAUUUUCUGUUUUGUUUUAUUUAUAAAAUUUUACUGUAUUAUUAUUAUUAUUAUUAUUUUUGGAACAAAAAGGCAGUUUGAAACAUGUCCAUUUUAAAAAUACUGAACUGUGAAGGUAGAACUUUAAAUAAACAUAAUUGAAGAUUUGUGCUCUUCAUGGAAAUCAUCCUGUUGUAGGUAUUUCUUUCAAUGGUUCAUUGGUUCAACAAAUAGUUGAGGUCUAUUCUGAAUUUUUAAGUCAUAUUUAAGUAUUUCUUGUAGAGGGUAACUGACCAUUGGAAAAAAUCUUGGCAAGAAAUUUCAGGUAUCAAACUUUUUUCACUCAAUAUUUUGUAUUUCAUCAUACCCUAUUUAUUUAACAUACUGUAAGAAGUAACUUUUCUAAAAGCUGCAACUCAUAUCAUGACUGUUUUCAUGGAAUUGGUAGUGUUCCUAAAAUGUUUCAUACUUCUACCAUCAUUAGGUAAUUUGAGCCUAAGUGCUUCUCUUUAUAAAUAUUCAACUGGUGGUCCAGUUUCAGUAAUAACUCCAUUUGGGAGCAUUCACAAAAUGACCACUAGGUUCAUUUGGUUAUUUCUGGAACCUUACCUUCUUUGUUCAAUAGGGACUUUAAGCAAACCACGACGGCAAUGGCAACAAGAACGUGGAAAAACAAUAGGUCUAAUUGGCAGAAC